GCUAAUCAUAUUUUGAGAAACGAGUUUUCCAUACCUGCAACAACAAUCCUUCCUUUUCUAGAUUUCUCGGUCUCUCAUCGCAGAAUCUUUUCAUCAGAUAAACAAAUCCGAACUACAACUAUGUACCGCUGUUGGUUAACAAAUCAACAAUGACGGACGAAAAGAACCCCGUUUCCGCCCCAAGAUCCCGAAAGUCCCUGCGAGCAUUACUACCGAAUAUAUCCCAGCUUACCAGUCAUGAAAGCAUGGGUGGUAUUCCCAUGGUAUUGGAUACUUUGGUGCUUGAGGAAAGAGGAGACUAUGAUACGAGCGACGAUACAGUCGACUGGAAAAACCUAUACUUGAAGUCUAGACGCCAGAGUACGAGAACCCGAUACCUGCAUCAAGAAGAACGCGAUAGACUUAUCAGGGAAAAGUUGGCACUGCGUAGGGGUAACAAACUUCUUCAGUCCGCACUGUCCCAGUCCCGUUGCAACGCCUCGAAGGCGUUAGCUGAGCAAACUUCACUUUUCGAUAAGACGUUAGGUGGUAUAGAGCAGCGGAUGUCUGAAGAGAACAGAGUGGCCCAACUUCUCACUAAUCGCUUGGGUCAUUUAGAAUCCCAGUGCAAACAAAUAUCUCUGAGGGCAUUGGCUUCUGAUAAAGCCAAGGAACAAAGUAACAAGUUUGCCGAAUUAGCACGUGCUCAAUUAAAACGUUCGUCGGAACAAUUGAGCGAAAAGGAACGUGUCAUUACCAGUCUCGAGGAAGAAAAGAGGGAACUACAAAGCACUCUUCAAAAUCGCAAUGAUGAGCUUGUUGACCUAGAUCAUGUGCUUGAAGUUUACAGCGAAGUAGUUGAAGGCAUUUUGAACAGAAAAAGCGAAUGGAGCAAGUCGCCUCAUCGACGCGACAGUAAGAUCAUCGCUAAAGGCAACAAGGUUGCGCAUGGAGGAACGUGCCUUGCAGAUGCUUACCGAAUCAAAUCCACUUGCGACAACGACUUGGGAUGGUAUGAGGAAUGUUACGGUACAACCCCCGAUAUUGUUUUGCAGUUCGAGACUAGCGGGGCGUUCAGAAGACUCAUCAAUAUGCGAUACGAAAUAUAUCGUUAUAAAAACAACGUCGGAGAUAUUGCUGAUGUUUUUGAAGAGGAUUUCCAAAAGUUGUUGGAGGAGAUUUUGCACAAGGUCACUCGGGGAACUGAUAAUUCUAUGCAAAGCAUCCUCGUAGGAAAUACGGAUACGGAACCCAGACGAGCCUACUACGACCUCUGCAUUCUAUGGGAGGAUGCAAUGGAGGAUGAAAUAGUUGUAACUUAUUAAUGGGGGCAAUAGAAUGAUUCA